CGACUGCUGGUGCUUAUUUGCUAUCAGCGACCAUGCAGCAGAUUAGGCAUUCAAAAUGGUGCCUGUCAUCUCCACUGCUACGAGCGAUAGAUCGACGAGAUGAUAUUGAUAUAACUAUGCAGCUUUCGUACAUCACUCGAUCCUUCUUCUUGAGCUUGCGAAGGCGUCAAUGCUUCUGGGUCUUACAUAUCAGUUUUUAAAUCGAUUUCGCUAGGACCAGCUAGUCGUCCCAAUGGCAUCCGACCUGGUGUCCGACCCGGAGAAAAAAGUGAUCGAUGACAGUAACAGCAGUGAUGAUGAGGUGCUUGCACAGCUGGGAUAUACCCACGAGCUCAAGCGUAGCUUUGGAUUGCUCGGCAUGAUCGGAUUCUCCUUUAGUAUCAUUACCAGCUGGACCGCACUUAGCGGCGUAUUCAUUAUCGGCCUUGAAUCUGGAGGACCGCCGGUCAUGAUCUGGGGCUGGGUUGCUGUCUGCUUGGUUACUUUGGCGGUUGCGUAUUCUAUGGCCGAGAUGUGUAGCGCAUAUCCGGUCGCUGGAGGACAGUAUAGCUGGGUGGCAAUCCUCGCGCCGACCCGCUGGGCUAGAGGACUCAGCUAUCUUUGCGGAUGGUUCAUGCUCAUCGGUAUCAUCUGCAUGGGCGCAGUCAACAAUAACGUCGCUGCAAAUUUUGUGCUCGGGACAGCACAGCUCAACUACGGCUUUACCAUUCAGCGCUGGCACGCUGUCUUAAUCGCCUAUCUCAUCACGUUCAUCGCUGCCGUAUCCAACGCAUUCUUUCCGCAUAUCCUGAACAAGCUCUCCAAGGCAAUAUUCGCCUGGAACCUUCUCUCGUUUAUUGUGUGUCUGGUUACCAUCCUGGCCAAGAAUGAUCACAAGCAAUCGGCGAGCUACGUGUUCAGUGACUUCCAGAACAGCACUGGCUGGAGUGCACCGUUUGCGACAUGCCUGGGCCUGCUACAAAGCGCCUUUGGUAUGUGCUGCUACGAUGCACCAUCGCACAUGACCGAAGAGAUGAAGAACGCUCGGAAGCAAGCUCCACGAGCCAUCGUCAUGUCAGUGUACAUUGGAUUCUUCACGGGAUUCAUUUGGCUCAUCGCGCUUUGCUUCUGCAUUGGUGACCUCGACUUAACUGCAGCUACGGCGACUGGAGUACCCGUCAUCGAGAUCAUGUACCACUCAACGGGCAGUGUGGCCGGAGCAUCGACAUUGGCUUCAAUGAUCGCAGUUAUUGCUCUGGUCAGCGCAAACAGUUUAAUGGCCGAGGGGUCGCGAGCUGUGUAUGCAUUCUCUCGCGACAACGGCCUGCCUUUCUCUGGGCUGCUUAGCAAGGUUUCGUCGAGACAAGUGCCAGUCUUUGCUAUCAUCUUGACUGCAGUAGUUCAGAUGGCGUUCAACUCCAUCUAUUUCGGAACCACAACAGGCUUCAACACAAUUGUCACCAUUGCCACGCAAGGAUUUUAUCUUUCCUACCUAAUGCCCCUGCUAUCCCGAAUCCUCGCCCACUUCACCGGCAAGAAGACGCGCCUCGAAGGACCUUACUCGCUUGGCCGAUGGGGCAUUAUCUUGAACAUUAUCGGCUUCUUGUAUCUGGCUUUUAUCUGCGUCAUUGCGAAUUUUCCGAGCGCGACUCCUGUGGAUAGCGAUAACAUGAAUUAUACAUCAGCAGCUACGGGUGCGGUGAUGCUAGUCAGCCUGAUUUUUUGGAUUACUACAGGGCGAAGGAAGUUUACUGGGCCUGUUGAUGGUGGAAACCUGUAGAGUGCUGGAAGGCAGGUUGAAGCCAGCUGCGUACUUUGAAGGGUAUGGAUGGUCAGCAACACCCUCCAUUAAGAUGGCUACAUCGACAUAGAAUUGGAAAUGUUGCAUACACGCCAGCACUUGACACGG